AUGCCGGCCGCUACGAAUUCUCCUUCGCGAUCGUCGUCGCCAGCACCUGCACCACCUGUCGCUGAAGCGCCUGGCCCGCGCGCUCAGGGUCUCAUCAAUGUCUUCAACAAAGCCGCGAAGGCCACGCUCGACAAGUGCUCGUCUGAGAACUUCGCAUCCUGUUUCCCGACCGCUGCACAGUAUGCGCCCGAGACCUUGGAAGGGUUGCGCAGUCAGAUUGUCGACCAGCUCGACCGAACCUGGAAGGUAAACUUCGAGGAAAUCUUGAAGAAGAGGGAUGUGAUCAAGCUGGUCAACGAGCUGGAGCAGUGCAUAGAAGACGCAAAGCUGCGGAAGAAGCGCGCUGAGUUGAGCGGGAAUGGCGGGUCUGUGCAUGUCCCUGUACCACCGCACACUCUCACACCCUCGGAGAUCCACCUAGCGCACCUCAUGCCCUUCCUCGAGAAACAGGCGACGGAUAUGAAUUCUGAGCUUGCAGAGGCGCAGACAGGGAACACCGUGCUUCUGACGACCGUUGCCGCACAACGCGCUGAGAUCGAGGCGCUUGUCAGAGGCUUGGAGAGCAUUGUGAGCGACCUGGAGGCCAGCGCCCAGCUGAUGGCGCAAGACGAUGUCCAGGACCUCAGCGCCGAAAUUAGGCAUGUCGAGAUGGGCAUGAGGACCUGA